AGAAGUAACUUACAAACAUAUGAUGAAUAUAAAACAUCUUACCUAUGUUACCCACCAAUUCUGAUUAUUCCCUAACAAGAUUUUUAUUUGAGUUCCCUUUUUUCCAUGAACCUGGUAGCACAUGGUGAGUAUUCUAGUUGUCCAGCUGUCCAGGUAAUAAUUAAAUAAGGGUAUUUUAUAAAUCUGCCAGACACCAGUUUUAACUUGCAAACAGAGUUUUUGAUGAGGCACAAUCUAUUAUUCUUGUUUACCAGUUGUAUAUCCACCUCGCAUGUCUAUUUUACUACAACAUUUUUGACUAUUUCUGUUAAGGACUCAUAGAUCCACUAAUAUUCCAAUUAGUUUUGAUGAAGUCUUCAGGUCAGUUCAUCAUACUCCGUAACUCUUAAGAAUUUAACAAAUCCGUUGUGUGUGUUUUCCACUGAAUAGGUGAGGAUUGACAAACCAUGGAACAGUUUGAAAGCUUGAUAUGGACUAGAACUAUUAUAUUGGUGCUUGAAAGCAUUGGAUCCUGUAUUGCAUGUGGUAGAGCCGAGUACAGAAUAGGGGAGGAAUGUUGUCCCAUGUGUCCACCAGGAAAUCAUGUACAUAAGCAUUGUACAAAAUUCACCACUACCUCCUGUGUGUCCUGUAUUGCUUUUACAUUCCUUGAUGAGCCCAAUGGUCUCAUGAAAUGUGCACCAUGUUCCAGCUGUGAUUCAGAUUUGGGUUUGAGGGUGAAACAGCCAUGCACAUCACAAUCAGAUGAUUUUUGUGAGCCACAGGAGGGGUUCUUUUGUUGGUUCUCAAACAAAAAUGGUUGUAAAAUAGCCCAGAAACACAGAAGCUGUAAACCUGGUCAAUACAUCCAUCACACAGGAACAACAUCUACAGAUACUGUGUGUUCUGACUGUACCGGUGAUACCUAUUCAGAUGGAUCAUUAGCAGCCUGCCAGUCACACACUGGAUGUGAAUCGUUGGGACUUCAGGAAAUUAAACCAGGAACUCAUUGGUCGGAUUCAGAGUGUGGAUCACUACUAUCCCAUUCCACAGCUAGAAGCACAAUUGGUGCCCUGGCAGUUGCCAUUAUAUUAGCUGGAGGGGCUUUCUUUUUAAUAAUCGUCAGAAGAAGGUCCAGAAGGAACCUUAACAGCCUCUGCUGUUAAGACUGCUGAACAAUUCAUGAAAUGGCCACCCGGACUAUUUACAU